AUGGACCACUGGUCUGACCCAGCGGAGCUGGCCGAUGCCCGCCGGGCGCUAGACGACACGGCUCGGGAGCGGGCUAAGCUGCAGAUCGAGCUGGGCAAGAUCCGCACGGAGCACGAGCAACUGUUCAUGAACUGGGCCAGAAAAGAAUCUGAUUUUAAUGGAGCCCAAGUUAAACUUCGGGAGUUUGAGGCAGCUCUAAAUUCCAAAGAAGCUGCGCUAGCUACAGCACUUGGUGAUAAGAAAAGCCUGGAAGGUGAACUCGAGGAUUUGCGAGAUCAGAUUGCACAGUUGGAAGCCUCAUUAGCUGCUGCCAAGAAACAGCUGGUAGAUGAAACUUUACUGAAGGUGGAUCUUGAAAAUCGUUGUCAGAGUCUGACUGAGGACUUGGAGUUCCGUAAAAAUAUGUAUGAAGAGGAAAUCAAUGAGACAAGAAGGAAACAUGAAACUCGCUUGGUUGAGGUGGAUUCCGGGCGCCAAAUUGAGUAUGAACACAAGCUGGCUCAAGCACUUCAUGAAAUGAGACAGCAGCAUGAUGCACAAGUGAAAAUAUAUAAAGAAGAGCUGGAACAGACUUAUCAUGCCAAACUUGAGAACGCCAGACUCUCCUCUGAGAUGAGUAGUUCCACAGCGAACUCAGUAAGAGAAGAACUGACAGAAAGUCGUAUGCGAAUUGAAAGCCUCUCCUCCCAGCUCUCAAGCCUACAAAAAGAGUCUAGGGGAUGGCUGGAUAAGAUGCAAGAGCUGGAGGACACGCUGGCUAAGGAAAGGGACAACUAUCGUAGGAUGCUCUCUGACAAGGAAAGAGAAAUGGCAGAGAUAAGAGAUCAGAUGCAGCAACAGUUGAAUGACUAUGAACAACUUCUGGAUGUGAAAUUGGCUCUGGAUAUGGAAAUCAAUGCAUAUAGGAAAUUGCUGGAGGGUGAAGAAGAGAGGUUGAAACUAUCUCCUAGCCCAUCUUCUCGGGUGACAGUCUCUCGAGCAUCAUCAAGUCGUAGCAUGCGCACAACCAGAGGAAAGCGGAAGAGAAUUGACGUGGAAGAAUCUGAAGCCAGCAGUAGUGUUAGCAUCUCCCAUUCAGCUUCUGCUACUGGAAAUGUCUCUAUUGAGGAGAUAGAUGUGGAUGGGAAAUUCAUCCGCUUGAAGAACACUUCUGAGCAGGAUCAACCAAUGGGAGGUUGGGAGAUGAUCAGAAAAAUAGGCGACACUUCUGUCAGUUACAAAUAUACCUCAAGAUAUGUACUAAAGGCAGGCCAGACUGUUACAGUCUGGGCUGCAAAUGCUGGAGUAACUGCCAGCCCCCCCUCUGACCUCAUCUGGAAGAACCAGAACUCUUGGGGCACUGGCAAAGAUGUGAAAGUUAUAUUGAAAAACUCUCAGGGAGAGGAGGUAGCUCAGAGAACUACUGUCUUCAAAACAACUUUACAUGAAGGUGAAGAGGAAGAAGUUGAGGAAGAAGCAGUUGAAGCAAUUGAGGAGGAGGAUCUUUUCCACCAGCAGGGAGACCCCAGGGCAGCUAACAGAAGCUGUGCAAUCAUGUGAAUUUCUUCAGUCAACCAGCUUCCUCAAAUUAUGGUAAUCCUUUCCUAUAGAGCAGAGCCUUCUCAGAAGCACAAUAUUUUUGUAUUUCUUUUAUGUGAAUUUUUAAGCUUCAAGUCUGAUGGCCUUAAUUUCCUUUGUCACAGAAAAGAAAUUUUUUGUAAAGAAACCAUAUCUGUAACUCUCAUACAAGGUGGGAUUUGUUGACAUGAACUAUGUACUGUCUGAAAAUGACCUCUCAAUUUUUUAUGCCAAUCUUUUAUUUUUUAAAUUCUUGUUAAAAGGGAAAUAUGCCACUGUGUUGUGUUGUGUUUGUUUUUUAGAUUAGCCAUCUGCUGUUGAUCCCUUUUUAUAUUUAGGUGCUGUCAGGGAGUGGAAAGCAUUUCCAAGAUGAUGAUUUCUUUUGUAUUGAAGACUUGGUUUUUGUAUUACGUAAUCAAGGUUACAAAACCUUUUUUAUAGAAAAGACAAGCUUUUCUUGGGGGGGGGGGGGGGUAAGCACUCAUCAAAGGAUGAAGGAAACAACAGAACUUGUUUUAUUGGUACUUUUUUCUUUACUUAGAUUCUUAACCAUGGGUGGGGGGGGAUGUUUCAUGUUGAACAUGCUAGUUGUGAUUUUAAAGAUAGUGUAACUUGCUUAAAGUUUCUUAUGUGAUAUUAACAAAUAAAAAGCUGUUUUAAUAUGA